UGGUUUGGAUCUUCCGUUAUUACAACACGAUCGGCAUCAGGUGUUGUAGCAAGAACAGCCAUAAAUAACCUUCUGAAACCUUAAUCUUGAUCAUUUUUCAAGUUGUGUACCAGCACAAACCUACUGCACUAAUAUUAUCAUAGUACUAUUGGUCAUCAAGAUCAUCAGGUGUGGAAUAGCAGCAUAGAAAUUACCUUCUGAAACCUUAACGUUGAUGAUUGUACAAGUUGUGUACCAGCACAAACCUACUGCACUAAUAUUAUCAUAGUACUAUUGGUCAUCAAGAUCAUCAGGUGUGGAAGAGCAGCAUAGAAAUUACCUUCUGAAACCUUAACGUUGAUCAUUGUACAAGUUGUGUACCAGCACAAACCUACUAAAGCAUACUAGCGUUUCUUCUUCCUAACRAACAAGAUAUCAUCAAGAUAAGAAAUCUUUACAACAAAAAUGAACAAUUCAACACAAGAUAACGAAUCUUUGCAAUGGACACCACCUAUUUCAGUUUAUACUAAUAGAACUAUGAUAACCUUGUAUUUUAUUCUAUUUGUCUGGUCUCUUCUUGGAAACGUACUCGUUAUCGCUGUCGUGUAUUGCAAUCAAAACUUAAGGACAAAUGUAAACUACUUGAUUGUCAAUAUGGCUGUAUCAGACUUACUCGUUCCGUUGGUAGCUAUGCCAUGGGGUAUUUGGAUGUUUGUGACAAUUGAUGGUAAAUGGUUAGUGGACGGUCCCCUUGGUGAGGCACUGUGUAAACUGGUUCCCUUCCUCUCUCAUAUGUCACCAUUUGUAUCAUCUAUCAGUCUGGUUAUCAUCGCCUUUCAAAGAUUUAUCGCUGUUGUUUAUCCAACUCGACGACAGAUUUUAAGUCGUAAAACAAGAUGGAUUGCGAUCGCUUUCCCUUGGAUCGUAGCCAUGGCUCUCUUCUCUCCAUACUUUUACACAUAUCGUCUAACAAAUGAAAGUGGCUACACGAUGUGCGACUAUUCAUGGUUACCAGCAUUUGAUUAUUGGAAUGCUGAAAUGAUAUUGACUUGCAUACUAACUGCGGUGGGGUUUGUUAUUCCAUUCAUCAUAAUCAUAAUCUUGUAUACUAUAUUAGUUUAUAGACUACAUAAAWGCUUGAACAACGUCAUGGACGUGAUUGGAGAAGAAACGAAACAGUCACGACAGAGGAGAAACAGACGAAUAUUUAGCAUGUCACUAACUAUGGUUUUGUUAUUUUUCAUCUGCUGGUGCCCUUUCCAUGWAUUGUAUUUUCUGUUCCUCAGCAAACAUUCACUAUGGUCAGAUAACGUUGAACUUGUGACAAAAAUGUCAUUUGCGUUUGUCUAUCUGUGGUACUUUCUAGCGGCAAUCAAUCCCUGCAUCUAUUUUAUGUUUCUGAGGGACUUUAGACAAGGACUAAAAAGACUUUGCUGCAGGAAAACUGCACCAGCAAUUUUAAAACCGAUAUGUAAACGRCCCAGAACACCAGGUGGAGAUAGUAGCCAGGACCCACGUACACCACCUCACAUCAAUACCACUUCAGUCUAGGAUGAACAUCAACACUAGAUGCACCAGAACACCAGG